CCCCCCUCCCCUCCCCCGUUCACCUCUGCCUCCCCUCCUCCCUCCUGCUUCCCGCUCUCCAUGCUCGGGCGCUCUUAGGCCUCCCCUCCUCCUGCCCACCCCCCCCCUCCCCUCGCCCCACAACCAUGUCGGCCCAUACCAUCCUCGUCUGGGUGGCCUUCCCCUUCUUCCUGCUUUCGCUGGGUAUCUCCUUCUGGAGCAUCCGGACGCACAUCAAGCAGUACCAGCAGCCGCGCUUCCAGCGCCUUAUCUCGCGCAUCCUGAUCAUGAUUCCCAUCUUCGCCACGGUGGCCUGGGUGUCCCUGCUGUUCUACAACGCCGGGCGGUACAUCUUCAUCUUCCGUGACUGCUACCAGGCGUUCGUCGUGGCUACCUUCUUCCUUCUGACCGAGGAGUACCUCGGUGGUGUGGACCAGAUCCUGGACUUCUUCUCCAAGAAGGAGCCCAUCCCCCAGCGUAAGAUCCUCUGUAUUGAGCGCAAGCCGAUCAAUCUGGCGGCCGACCCUCGCCGUUCCUUCAUGAAGGUCAAGCGCGGUGUGCUGCAAUUUGCCGUGGCCAUGCCGGUUAUCGGCCUGCUGACCCUGGUGCUGGACAUCUUCUCCAUCCUGGAGCCCUAUGACUGGUCCCCCUCCAACGCGUAUCUCUACCUGAAUAUCGCACAGGUGAUCAUCGUCAUCGUCUCCAUGCUGUCCAUGCACAAGCUGCUCAACUACCUUGAGGAUGAGAUCAAGCUCCUGGGCACCGACGCCCGGAUUGGCGCUAAGUUCUGGUGUGUCAAGGUGACCAUUUUUGCCACCUUCCUCCAGAGCAUCGUCAUUUCGCUGAUCUUCUUCCUGGCCGGUGCCAACCCCGAGGACGUCACCCCGAGCACCAUCCAGAACUUCCUCCUGGCCAUCGAGUACUCCAUCAUGGCGGCCAUUCAGAUGCGCUUCUUCCCUGCGCGCGAGUUCCUGGUGGAGCACGGCGCUCGGCUCACCUCCAAGCAGGCCCUUCGGGACAUCCUCUGGCCGACGGACUUCAUGCAGGAGACCAAGCGUACCUUCACCUCGAGCAACCACUCGGACGUCAUCGAUGGCGUGGCUCCUGCCGAGACCUCUGAGUACAUUGUCUCCCCGACCAUGUCGUUCGAGGAGACUUCCGACCGGGCGCCGCUUCUCCAGUCUGCCGAGCCGGCCUACGGCGGGACGGCUACCUCCUCUCCGGUGGCCACUGGCGACUCACACGAGUAAGAAGGACAGCUGCCAUCUUCUCUCGGCGUUGUGUGUGUGUGUGUGUGCGCGCA